AGCCACAGAGACAGAGACACAAGAACAAGAGAGCAGCUGUAGGAAAGGUCUCUCAGACUCCAGAACCAGAACUGGAACCAAGAUCAGAACCAGGACCAAGACUGGAGGCUACAAUACAACCAGAUCCAGGGGCAGGAGCAGGAGCAGGAGCAGCCCAGUCCACCAUGGCAGACUCCAUCAGAAGAAAAAGCUCCAGCAAACAGCUCCUGCUGAACCUCAUCAGGGUGACGGCCCAGCGGAGCCAGGAGGAUGCAGAGGAGGUGGAGAGGGAGCGAAGGAGGAGAGCCAGGGAGAAGCAGAGAGGAGAGGGGAGCCCCUCCUGGCCAGAGCCCCCCCAAAACAACAGCCUCUCUCACAACACAGAGUCGGACGAGGAGCUGAAGCCCAGCUGCUGCCUGGUUCUGGACGAGGACGAGGGCUUCAGCGACUGGAGCCACAGGUUGGAGAACCGUAACGAGUCGGAGGCGCAAUGUGACAGCAUGACCAGAGAGCAGAGACCUUCAACACUACAGUGGAAACCAGACAAAAAGGAGAAACAGCAGGAGGAUGAAGAGAAGCAAGGAUGGGAGCCAGAGCGAAGCAGCCGAUCCCUGGAAGCUUCAACAAGACCUCCAGAGAAGUUGUCCAGCAACAAAAAGGAAGUCAGGACAUCAUACAGCUCAUCGGUCUUCCUGCCGCAGGAUGCCAGACUACAGCACGCCGCCGGCCAACCAGUAGACAGGACAACCUACCUGGUGGCAGGGACGAUGAAGCCACGUGGAGGGGCCUGCCAGCUGGACGGAGCGGUGAAGCAGGAGGAGCAGGAGGCGCAGCAGGAAGAGGUUCAGGCAGCUGUGCAGAGAGUGUGGAGGUCAGCAGAGACCCGAAAGGACCUCACAGAUGAGGACGACCAGGAGGAAGAAGAGCUGAGCUUCACACAUGAAGAAAAGGAAGAUCUCCACUUCAUGACAGAGGAGAGACAAAAGGAGGAAGAAGAAGAGCAGAGGAUGCUGUAUGAGAGGUCAAUGGAGGACAGAGACCGGAGAACUGAGGAGGUGAACAGGGGGUCUGAAGCUUCUCUUUGCAGCAGCAAAGCAGCUGCAGCAGGCGAGGAGCCAUUAAACUGCUACGGUCCCAUGAGCCCGACGUUCAAGAAACUCCUCAUUCAGUUUUACCCAGAUGAAGUGAACAGCAGAGUCUCAACAGACGGUAAAUGCACGAUCACAGAGCGAACAGAGUCUCUGAGAAAAAGCACCAGCAAUAUAAAGAAAACGCCACCACCUGUCCCUGUUUCCAAGAUUGACAAGAGACUGGAGCAGUACACACAUGCUCUCGAGCUUUCCUCAAAGGAAGGCAGAUCAGGCGUUCAGGUGCUGACGGAUCUGAUGAGUCCAACCGAACCCGUCGCCUCCAAAAAGAACCUGUUUGAGGCCGGAGACGCCUGGAAUCAAAACGCCAUCUCAGUCACGCCAUCUAAGGAUGCAGAUGGUUUAAAAGUCGGAGUGGCUGAUCUCAUCAACCAGUGGGUGAAAGGAGGAGAAGAUGGAAGCAGGUGCAGCUCACCCUCCAAACCAGCAGACAUUAAACCUGGUGAUGUUUUAAACAAGAAGAACUUAUGGGAGGGUCUCACUGACACUUUAUCCCCUGGAAAGGAAGGCAAAGAGAGCUCUGCUGGUAAAAGAUACAAAUUUGUGGUGACGGGUCACGGAAAGUACGAGAAGGUUUCUGUUGACGACUGCGGUGAAGAUGCAAACUGCCAGUCAGAUGGACAGUUCCAUGAGGAUUUGUAAAAUACAUGCUGGACUUUUGGAUUUUGAAAAAGGAAAUCUUUAAUACUGCACAACUUUUAGCCACUAUCACUUCAUCAUUCUCUGUAUUUCAAUCAUUAGGUUACAAAUGACUCUGUCAUUCUUUGUCAUAAUUUUACAAAAACCUUUCCCUGUUUACUGGACACAUAUUUUAUCCUGUGAAUAAUAUGUUGAGGUAUUUCAGUAGUAGUUUAUCUUUUAAUACAAUGAAAUAAAAACAAUUUUAAAAGGA